CAAUUUUGUGUGAAUGGCCAAAGAGCAACAUCGCGAGCGACGCGACCGAGUGUAGUUUAUAAAUAACAAUAAAUUAGGCAUAAGUUAAUAGUAGCUGUGUUUUAUGCAAAAAGUGAUGACGGCAAGUGAGAACGAGGUGCAGCUUUUCAAUCGGGGUGAAAAAGUCCUGUGCUACGAGCCCGACGAAUCAAAGGCGAGGGUCUUGUACGCCAGUAAGGUUUUGGCUGUGUACGAGCGUAAAGACGAGAGGAACUGCACCUACUUUGAUUACAAAAUCCAUUUUCAAGGUUGGAGCUCAACUUGGGAUCGAAAUGUACGCGCCUCUGGCCUGCUAAAAGACAACGAAGAGAAUCGCAAAUUGCAGAAGGAGCUGGCAGAAGACGCGCAGUUGCAAAAAAGUGGUGGCUACACGUAUAAAGAUACAAAGACGCCAACGUUGCCUUCCAGUAAAAAGAAGCGUAUGACAAGAGCAGGUCAUCUUGAGGAGCAUCCAGUGGAUCCGUUGGACAUAUCGCAGCCAUAUUUUGCAGAGACUCCACAACAAGAAGUGCUGCAUUCUCAGCAGAAAAGUGCAGCUCGCACGCGGGACAAUAGCGGCAAUCGGACGCGGGAUAACAGUGGAGGACGUAAGGCACAGAACGAGACAGGUGAUGGUGAUGUCACAAUGAGGGAGACACGCAAAGCUGGACGUGGUGGUGGGCGUGGACGCCGAGGUGGCAAAUCUCAGUUUAGCUUACACACGCCAGCCAAGGAUCUGCACAUCGCAAAUGAUGCGGAGAAGUUUAUCAAUCAGGAGGAUCGUGUGAUGCUGCGCAUUAGCGAACGUUUACGUGGCUACAUGGAAUACGACUAUAACAUGAUCUGCAAGCUGGGCAAGCAGCAUGCUCUGCCCGCCCGCAUGCCCAUUGUGACCAUACUGGAGAACUUUGUGAAACAGCGUGCUGUGGAGCUGGCCAUUGGCAUUAAGCAGGACAGCUCUCGAGGACGAGUCACAACCAGCCGCAAUGCGCGCAUGGAACGUGAAUACGAUCGUGUAAUGUCCAACGUCUGCAUGCUAAAGGAAGUCGUGGAUGGAUUACGCAUCUAUUUUGAGUUUCAUCUCGACGAUCAUUUGCUCUACAAUGAGGAGAAAGAUUAUGCCCUGAGCUAUCUUACCGAUGACAAUUUGAAAAACUGCAGCACUGUAUUAAACAACUCGUACGAUUUUAUCAAUCCUAGCUGCGACACGGACCUCAUCUCACUGGACGUUUCAAUGAACUCCACAAAUGGCGAAAAUGGUCAAAUUCUGGGUGGCGUUGAAUACGAGAAGCAGUUGCAAAAGUGCCUGCGGUACAUUGUCAAGAGCAGUGGCAAGAAUCAUUUGGCAAUCGCUUACGAUGAACGCAACUCGCCCUACAAGGCAGCCUAUAAGCUACCCAUGGAAAUGCGCGGUUUUCUCUGCGAGACCUUUAGCUGGCGUCUGCUCUCCGCCGAGUCGCAGCCGGAGAAGUCCAUGAUGUUUGGAGCACCACACUUGGCGAGACUAUUGAUUAAAUUGCCUGAAUGUCUGAAUGUUUCGCCCAUAUCAAAUGAAAAGCUGGAGGAUCUGUUGAAACAUCUCAACUCAUUUAUAAAUUACUUGGAGAACCAUGAGGAAUGGUUUGAUAAGGAGAAUUAUGCACAUCCAGCGGUUGACCAGGAACAGCUACAACAGGAGCUGCUCGAAUCCUUAGAUUAAGCAAUUAGAGAUUUAAUGAUUAAUGAUACCCAUUAAGGCUGCUAGUUUUAUCUAAUUAAUUUAUAAUCCACUGCCAGAUGCGAGUAAUAAGAAUUAAGUGUCAUUUUUUUUAUAUACAUAUUAUUAUUGUAUUUUAUUUAUUAUGCAUUUUAAAGCUUGUUUUUAAGAAUCGUAAUUGUCAUUUUGUUCAUCAGUAUCAAUAUCAAUACGUAUGUUUAUCAAUAAUGUUUUAUGAUUUUGGUUUUCAUUUCUUUUAACUACACAAA